AUGGAUCGCGAGACUGUGUACAAGGCGUUCGGCAUGGGCGGCACCACCGAUUGGGCCGUCGAUCUUCAGGAGUAUCACGAUGUCCCCAAGCCCUCCAAGUCUUGGGCUAUCUUCAAGGAAGACGCAGCAAGCGGUUACGAUCCCCUUCUAGACAACGAGAGAUCUGGUAACUGGACGAAGAUGGGCUGCGAUUCACCAGUCAUGCGCGAUUUCAAGGGAUACACAGCACCUGGGUUGUGGAGGGAAGCGGGCACCGAUGGUGCCUGGAAAGAUCUGCUGAAGAUUUGGUAUGAUUUGGAUGAGAAAAGAGGCUACACAUUAAGCCAGUCGAUCAGCUUGAAUAUUAGGAUUACGCCAAGGCCCAAUUGCCAUCAGUUGAAGGACACAGACUGCGAUCAGCUGGCAGAGUGCAUGCAGGAGAUGAACAGCGAUGUGUCAGGACCUGCGGGAGUGUUCAUCUGGAAUUCCUUGUCCAAAAUCCACAAAAUGUCCAGCUCCUACUACGAUGCUGUGACCGAAGCGGCUGUUUUUAUCGCCUUCGAUCUCGACUCUUUUGGCAACAAGUUUGCACCAAUCCCUGAAGCGGAAGACAAGACAUGGAUUCUUGUGCUUGUUGAUCUUCUUACCUGGGGUACUUCUUCAAUCGCCGCUCCAUUCUUCAACUCACAGCUUCGCGGACUUCCCUACUUUAAGGGCAAUCCGAAUACCCACGACAACAUCAAGGACACGACGAUGACUUUCAUUGGACAAAGCACAACUGUGGCGAAGGAUCUAAUGAGUGGAGAUGAGACAGACACUACAUGGACAGUGGAGAAGAGAGACGAUUUCAAGAGCUACAUGGGCCAGGUGCUCGACGGAUGGCAAAAGCUUGCCAAUGCUUCAGUAGCCUCGCUUUUCAAUGGCUCUGAUCUGGAAUCUGUCAAGACACUUUGGAGCCUUAUUUCAGAUGGGAAAAUGACUGAAGCCGCCGUCAGCGGCGACGGGUCGAAAAUUAUCAAGAAUGAGGGCGUGAGCACCAUCGACCUCAGGAAACAUGUUGCAAAGACGUUCUAUGGAUAUAUCAUUCCGACGGUAUGGAGAGUCUCUGAAACGUAUGCUUUCAUUCUUGACUCGGGUUACGACUGUUACGCGGAAUAUCCUUCCGAGGACUACGUGACCAAAGAAGCCAUGGAUGCUACCAGCACCUGUUAUGGCGGACGACGUUACUACUUGGUCUACCCGAAAGAAGACAACAUUGGAGGCUGCAUUAAUGAUUGCACCUGGAACGGUCAAUGUUCAACAACUUGCAGAAAGAACAAGUUCAUUGCUCCACCAGGUCUAUCAACUCUCAACGCCACCAGUUUUGGAGGCAUCACGGCACAGGAUCUCGUCGUCGGCUCCGUCCGAACUUACGAGCAAAACGGGAAGAAGAACACAGCCAAGUAUGAUGAUCUAGUCGCCGGCGAUCUCAACACGGACGAUCUUCUCGACCUCGAUGUCACUACGCCCGGUAUCAUGCGCCUUCCAGUAUGCAGCCCCGAACGCGCAUAUCAAUCGUGGGACACGACCUCCAAGGGCUCCAGCGCCUUCUACCCAUGCGACAUCCCCCCCGGGCAGAGGUCAUGCAAAGCCUCGACUUUCACGUACAAGGACGACACGAGCAACGCAUCUCCGUUGGCGUCGGACUGCGAGAUCAUGAUCAGUAACUUCCAGAAUGACGGCUCGACCAAGUGGACAACACAGACAGCGGAUCGUCAGCACAGGGAGCUUGGACACUAUGGCACCUGCGCCUUUGGAGUUGAGGCAACGAAGCUCAAUGGAAACAUACACUUCCAUUUCGGUGGCGGGGACCUCACAGAGGCUAUCACUACUGCUAUCAAGAAGUUUAAGAAGAAUGGCAAGAUCGGUGCGUCUGGUACGGUGGAUUGUGCUGGCAAUACAAGCAAGUCGCAGCCUGUCUUAUGGGGCAUCUACCAUCAUUCCUAG